GCAUACAUAUGCGGAAAUGGGAGAAACGCAAAGACGGCAUUGUCGGUCGAGCAUGCCGCUAAGGAACAACACAUCAUGUACGUGCUUCAUGCUGUUGGCUCAUGCUCCCGCAGGUUCGCAACUGAGAACGGCGUGUAUUUGCGCAUCUCCGGGUCCGCGACGAACCGUCCUGUUUGCACGUUUGACGUUCUUUGAGGUUUUUCCUAAUGCCAUCCUUGCCGACCCGCAUCUUCUUUCCUUCUCGUCCCCGCCCCUGCCCUUCUCCCUCUCAAUGUUUUGCCUGUGGCGUGUCGCUCAGCCCGAGUGAGGUUGGAAUAGGGCAGGAUUCGCCCACGCCGUGGAGUCGGCUGGCCGCACCAGCCUCCUCGAAGUGCGACGUGCAUGCCGCGGAGAGAAGCCAGACGCCUCCGGACCCUGCAGUCGCCGUUGGUGGAUUUGCCGACCUUUCUUUGCCCAAACACUCGCUUCAGAAUUCCGCCCUGCGCCCUUCUCGCCCCCUCCUCCCCCCUUCCUCCUCUUCCUCUUGUCUCUCCCCACACCCACACGCGAUGCAAUACAUGUGCAUGCGCUCUCACGUAUUAGCAAAGGCCACCCCCACAUGUCCUACUUAUCUCUCCCUUUUCCACUAUGAAUGUGCCUGUACACGAUCGAGCGCCUGGAUCCGGGAAUACGGAUCCCUGGUAUGAGUGGCUCGCGUGAAAAUGGGCAUGUCAACCCCUCUCUCCGUCUUGCCGUCGGCCAUUACCCUAUCCUGUGGCCGUUUGGGGUGACAGCCAAUGUGUAGGCUACGGUGGAAGGGGGGAGUAGGACCAUACGCGAGCAUAAGAGUAGCCUCCUAUCCCCCCCU